AUGUUUCCGGCUCUGUCACCUUUGUCUACUAUUGUGUUGCUCUCUCUGGUUGUAGCAGCCCUUUCAAUUGAUUGUAACCAGGCUCCCUCAGAAGCACUACGUAUCGUUUGCCAACAACUGCAGCGAUGGGACGAAAAUUCCAGAAAAACACCAUCGGCCAUAUCAGUGAAGCCCCCUGCGAUAGCAGGCCAACCCCAAAUGGCAGCCGAUUUCGCCCCGAUCGCCAGCAACAUGUAUCAGUGCAUGGAUAUUCAGUGCCUGUGUGUGUUCUUCAGAGGAUCGGUCGGAGCAGCCUGUACGGUACAGGACCGCAACCUCGGCAAGGCACUUCGUAAAGAGUACCGACAAUUGAGCGAUGAGGAAAGAGGUCGAGUUCAUAGUGCAUUUCAAGCUAUCAAAAGCAGCGGUGAAUUCGACCGACUUGCGUCCAUUCACGCUCAGUUCGCGUCCAGCGGUGGUGCGCAUUCUGGACCGGCAUUCCUUCCAUGGCACAGAGAGUUUAUCAAGAGGGUAGAGAUCGCUCUGCGUCAAGUUGAUCCUGAAGUGGCAUUACCUUAUUGGGAUUCAACACUCGAUGAAAAUAUGCCGGAUUCAAAAGAUUCGAUUAUUUGGACGAAUGAGUUCAUGGGCGAGACCGUUGGAGGAUAUGUAGUGGGAGGGCCGUUCCGUGAAUGGCGAACGCUGGAAGGACACCCGAGGAUUCAACGAGCUGUGGGUGAGAAAGGAAAGCUGUUUUCAGAGGACGAGAUUCGUUUCAUUCUAUCCCAGAAUGAUAUCAGCCAAGUGCUUGCCUCCACUGCUCCUAGGCCGGGAUGCCCAUACCCGCCAAAUUUCAACGUACUCGAAUACACCCAUGGAAAUCCACAUAUCUACGUUGGUGGCGAUAUGUUCGAACAGGCGACAUCCGGAAAUGAUCCAAUCUUCUACAUGCAUCACUCAUUUGUUGAUUAUAUAUGGGAGAUAUAUCGGCAGAACGUGCAGAGUCGCUCAGAGCGAGAAAUAGCCUAUCCUGAAGAUAACGAACUGUGCAGUAGUGAACAUCACUUCCGUAAUGCUUUUAUGCGACCAUUUCCACCUAUGCGUAACAUUGACGGUCUGUCGAAUAAGUACACAGAUAAUAUGUAUUCAUAUUCACCGCGUCCAAGCUGUUUGAUGGGGAACGAUUGUGGAUCGAAGUAUUUGUACUGUGACCGCUCACAUGGUCCAGAGAGAUGUGCAUCGAAGAUCAAGCCAGGUGGAAAUUGCACAGGUCUCAAUAAUGGCGAAGAUGCUUGUUACAAUGGCCGUUGCAUCGAUGGACGAUGUAUAGGAGAAUCCAUUCAGGCUACACCUCCACCACCAACUGUAGCGCCAAGGCCUGUGGUAGUUCAGGUGGACGCCAUGCCCACUAGCCGCAAGCUCCACCUACUCUUUGUUUUUCAGCAAACCUGUUUCAAUGAACAUGAAUGCUGUUCGUAUUGGGCCGGUAUUGGUGAAUGUCCGAAGAAUCCCAUAUAUAUGUUGCAAUGGUGCAAAGCAUCGUGUCAUACGUGCCAGCCAAACUACGACCUGAACAAUGAAUGCCUAGAUCGACACACUAGCUGUGCUUUGUGGUCGCGAAGUGGCGAAUGCACAAAGAAUCCGCUGUGGAUGUCGGAAAACUGUCGACGUGCUUGUGGGAAAUGCGGAAUGGCCAGAUCGGUGAUAUGCAGUGGUGGUCGACAAGUUCAGGAAUCGAUUAUUUCAGCUUCUAAAUGCAACUCACCAAUGUGCUUCAACGAGUUCCAAUGUUGUCCCUUUUGGGCGUAUCAGGGUGAAUGCAGGACGAAUCCUGUAUUCAUGCUCUGCCAGUGUCGUGUGAGCUGUCAACAAUGUCAACCACCAUAUCGUUACGGAGAUUGUGCUGAUUACCAUCAAGACUGUGCUAAAUGGUCUCGUACAGGCGAAUGCAAAAAACCAUGGAUGAUAGAAAAUUGUCGACGAUCUUGCAAUACUUGUACCACAUUUGAUGUUCUUCGUCAACGUUGCGCACAUCGGGUUACGAGGACUGCAUUUUUUACAGUAAUUGGGAUGUGA